AUGAAGACUUCAUUCAUUCUGCUUCUAUUUCUGAAUCUCUUUGAACUGCACUCUGGUUUUUUUAGAAAACACUACUAUGUGAAUGACCAUAAGAAGUGGAACGAUGCACAGAAGCACUGCAGAGAUAACUACGAUGACCUGUCCACUGUCAGCCAUCCAGAUCUACAAACACUCUCUACUAAUCCUGCCCUUACAGAUAAUAAAUAUUGGAUUGGACUUUACGCAGAUAAUAUCUGGAAGUGGUCUGAAGGCGGGACAGCAACUAUUAAUUACUGGAAGGGUGGCCAACACAACCCUAGUAAUGACAGAUGUGGUUAUGCCGAUAAGACUGAUUCUAAAGUUGAUGAUGAUCAGUGCUCUUCGGAAAAAACAUUUUACUGUAUGGAGGACUAUGAGCUGGUCCUGGUGAAACAGGAAAGCACAUGGGAAGAGGCUCUGGACUACUGCAGACAAAACUACCUUGAUCUGGCUAUUCUUUAUUCGGCUGUCGUGAUGACAGAGGCAAAGAAUAACAGCACAAAUGCCCAGACAGAUGAACUGUGGACUGGUCUGCGGUUUUUAUCAGGCCAUUGGUUUUGGGUAAAUGGAGAGAAUCUUCAAUAUGAGGCCUGGUCUGGGGGGGGAGAGCCCCAGUGUCCUGCCAUGAAUCAGCGCUGUGGAGUUUAUCAUAGACAAGAGAUGGCCUGGAAACCUGAAGACUGUGAGAAGAAGCUCAACUUUCUAUGUGUGAAGAGGAAACAUUAAUGUUGAAAGACUCUUUAGCCCGGUAUACACUGUGCGAUUUUAAAUUGUCCUUUAGGAUUGUUGCCUGCCACACUGUGCGAUCAAGAUCGUAGUUAAGUCCAUGUCACGCUGUAUAAUCUCAGUUCCAUCAAUGUCAGACAGUACAGGUUUAAAGACUUUUAAA